AUGGGCCUGCUUCAGAAGAUUGUCAAAAAUGAUGCGAUGAAGGAGGAUCCUCCAGAGAUCUAUGGUUGGAAGGUCUAUUUCCUGGCUUUUUCGGCGUGCUUCGGAGGCAUGUUGUUCGGCGUCGACUCUGGUAUUAUUGGUGGCGUACUCACUCUCCCUGCAUUCAAGACCAAAUAUGGUCUUGAUGAUCUCUCGACUAUCCAGAGAGCUGACCUCCAAGCAAACAUUGUCUCUACAUUGCAAUGCGGCUGUUUUGCAGGUGCUCUCAUUGCCUCGUAUAUUGCCGACCGCUUAGGCAGACGCAUUGCUCUUCUUAUUGCUGCUGUAGUUGUCACAGUUGGUUGCGUCUUCCAAGCAGCCGCUGACGGUCAUAUCGCUCUGAUGUAUGUUGGCCGUCUGAUCGCUGGAUUUGGAGUCGGCAAAGCUUCGAUGGUCACCCCGCUCUACAUCUCCGAAAAUGCACCUCGAGCUAUUCGUGGUGGUCUUACUGGUAUCUAUCAGCUUUUCAUUGCCACAGGUACUAUGCUUGCUUUCUGGGUGAGUCUCUUGUCCCACUUGUCCGGAGCAACAACCUAUAUCGUGCCUCUUACUAUGCAAGCUCUUCCAGCAGUCUUGCUGUUCGGGUCAAUGUUUUACUGCAAAGAAUCACCUAGAUGGCUAGCACGUAAAGAUCGCUGGGAUGAAGCCUCUGCAGUCCUGUCAAACGUCAGGGCACUUCCUUCUUCACACCCCUACGUACAAAUGGAGCUUCGUGAAAUGCAAGAGCAACUUGAUCAUGAGAGAGCGUUGAUCGGCGGUGCUUCUUUCAAGGAUCUGAUGAAGGAGAUGUGGACUAUCCCUGGAAACAGAAAGAGAGCUAUCAUCACUAUCUGGCUCAUGAUUACCCAGCAGAUGACUGGCACAAAUGCGAUCAACUACUAUUCUCCACAAAUCUUCCAGAAUCUGGGCUUGUCUAGUACAGACGCUGGCUUGUUCGCCACUGGUAUCUAUGGUGUUGUCAAAAUGACCAUGUGCGCUUGUUUCCUAAUCUUUGCUGCCGAUUCACUUGGUCGUCGUAGAUCUCUACUGUGGACUUCAAUCGCUAUGGGCUGUGCCAUGCUCUACGUCGGCCUCUAUGUCCGCAUCAAGCCUCCAGUCAAAGGUGCCGAUAUCCUUGGGGCAGGUUACAUGGCACUAGUCUGCAUUUACCUUUUUGCUGGGUUCUUUCAAGCUGGCUGGGGGCCGGUUCCUUGGAUCCUAGUCUCUGAGAUACCUACUGCUAGGUUGCGUAGUGUCAAUGUUGCUUUGGGUGCUGCAACUCAAUGGCUUUUCAACCUUGUCGUGGCCCGUGCAGUACCAAAUAUGCUCGCUACAAUGGGCAAAGCAGGCUACGGUACUUUCCUCUUUUUUGCAGUGGCAUGCUUCUUAGCUUUCUUCUUCGCGUGGUUCUUCAUCCCUGAGACUAAAGGUCUGUCGCUCGAGAAAAUGGACGACCUCUUCGGCACCACUGAGCUGAAGAAGAAAGUGGAUGACGAAGAAGGCGCCCACGAUGUGCCACCAGCCAAAGACUUGGAUGGCAAAAAGACACAACAUGUCGAAAUCUCGCAAGUCAACAGCAACGCUAAGUAG